AUGUCUAAUGAAUUGAGGUGUGAACAGGUUAAAGUUUUCUGCAGAAUAAGGCCAAAUCCUGAUCAAGAGGAUGAAUGCAUCAGUGUGGUUGACGAAUGUUCUUUAUCACUUCAAAACAAGCGUUCUUUCAGUGGCAGAAACAUUCAUUCAUUUUCCCGCGUUUUUGCUCCCGAUGCUACCCAAUCUGAUGUGUUUAAGACUACCCUUUUGCCUUAUGUCAAGUCCGUUUUAGAAGGUGAAAAUGUACUGUUUUUUACCUAUGGAGUUACUGGAAGUGGCAAAACGUACACAAUGCAAGGAACCCCUAAAGACCCAGGGCUUGUUCCUCGUACUCUUGAUACAAUAUUCAAUUCAAUAUCUACAUAUUCUACUCUUAAAUAUCUGUUCCUAGUAAAGCGUUAUUGUCAGGUCGUUAAACCAAAUGGUCAUAAUGGAUUCAGACUUCAGACUGAGGCAGAGGCUAUUAUGGAUCGUCAACGCCUAGAUUACACGUCGAAUCCACGAAAUCCAUAUAGGUCCAACUUACAUUGCUCCAGUAUGGACGGUCGCUUUGUCGACACAACUGUGCUUACGGUCUCGCAAAAAUCACUUUAUACCGUAUUUAUAUCAUUCAUUGAGUUGUAUAAUGAUGUAAUUUAUGACCUGCUUGAUGCUUCUACUGGAGGUUGCGCAAAGACAAUUAACCUUCACGAAGAUAUACACCGGAAUAUUUAUGCCCAUGGCGUUACCGAAUUGGAGGUUAAGGCUUCAAACGAAGCGUUAAAAGCUUACUAUCAAGUUAUUGGUUCGUUAGGGCAGAAACGUCGACGCGUCGGAGCAACUGCCCUAAAUAAAGAUUCGAGUAGAAGUCACGGAAUUUUCACUAUUAAAAUUGUUCGUACCGGCUAUGACCCUAAUUACGACGAAGUUAUAAUGGAUGACUCUUUGAUUACGGUAAGCCAACUUUGCCUGGUUGAUUUGGCUGGAUCAGAAAGAACCAGCCGCAGUGGAACUACCGGCGGACGCCUUAAAGAAGCGGCUACUAUUAAUAAAUCACUAUUAACUCUACGCAAAUGCGUCGAAGUACUGCGGAUGAAUCAAGUAAUGCAAUCGAGCCUAAAUCAGUCCGUCCAACAGCAAAUUGUUCCCUACAGAGACUGCAAACUGACACGAAUUUUCAAGUCCUUUUUUGAAGGUUGUGGCCAAGUGGCUAUUCUGAUUUGCGUGCACAAAACAAUGGAGGAAUAUGCGGAAACAGCGCACGUUCUUCAAUUUGCUGGAAGUAGCCAACAGGUCUCCACCACUCUUACUCCCGCACCCGUCGCUACUCCUUUAGUUCGUUCGGCAAGGCAUUCGAGAAGAUCAUCCACUCUUCUUUUGGUUUCCAAUGAGGAGCUUAAGUCGGCUAUUGCAAAGAUGCAGACUCUGGACGCGUCUCUCGCGGCUUCCGUUUCUGACAUUGUCUCAGCGGACGUCGAUAGCCUCCUACUCAACUUCUGCGAUUGCUUCCCAAACUGUAGCGACGGCCAUCGAAGGAACACAAAAAACACACGACCAUCGUUCACCCCAGUGCAAAAUGGCCAGCAUUCCGUUAAUUGUCCACUCUUAUCUGUGUUGCGAGCACGUGCUGAAGAACACAAUCGAAUGCGUGGUGUGUUGGUUCGGUUUGGUGUUGAUCUUCAGUCAUAUGUCGGACAAAUUUUACGACGAGCAGAGUCGGGUGACUCGCAUUUGUCACUCCUCAACACACUGGACUCUUUGAAUGUUGAAAAAUUACAAAUGGAAUCGAGGAUCCGGUAUUUGGAGAACGAAGUGACCAAGCAAAAGACGCUUGUCCGUCACGAGCGAGCCGAGCGGCUUCGCGAGGCUAACGGCGCGAGGGCACAGUUGAAAAGGUUGAGAGGCCAGGUCGACGUAGCCGCAACCCCACGAACUGCCCCUCGGCUGCAAAAGGGUCGCCGCAAAGCCUCAAACGCGUCCUCUUCCUCCUCUUGCAGCACUAUUGAUGAUGUAGCCAACUCGAAACGGUGCUCUGGGUUAGUUAGAGGCACUCCUGCGACCUCGAGUCGGGUGGCCGUUCUCUCUCGUCAAUGGGAGAUGCGCUUAGCAGCGAAGCAGCAACAAGAGGAAGCAAUGCGGUUAUAUCUGGCCAAUGGCAAUGCCAAGACCCCUAUCCAGCGGUUCCGCACAGAUGUCACCCUGGGUCGAACUCCUUUCACCGAUGCUCUUAACCGCCCCCCGGCCAUAAACCCACGUCACAGACGCUCGAAAUCUCUCGGGGGUGGUGGCGUCUGGCUGGAGCAUAAGGAGAACCACCCGACCCCACUGGGUACGAUUUUCUCUCCCACCGGCAUCCACGUACGCAAGUCGGUCACCCAACUCGAACUUGACGACACGCUCAAGGCCACUGAUUAUGUUCUGCAUCACCAGACGGCCACACCCGAUGGCAAUGUAGAGACACAGCUGUUUAAGGGCUCCAUCAUUCCGACUGCCGGUGGUGGUUCUGCGGUCGUCUUCAACGACGUGGAAGAGCUGCGCCAAGUCUCGCCUCUCAAUUCUGGCCUACGUAGAUCUGCUCGGCUUUCUUCCAAGCACUCGCUCCCCCUCACGAAGUCGGACGAAACCGCUGUCGAUGAGCAGCCGCCCGCUGCGAAGCGCAGCGCCCCCAGCCGCCAUGGCAAGCUCAGCCGCAGUCGGCAGCCCUCCCUCGUGUCAACUACAUCGGGAAUCUCAUCAACCGCCUGUGACGGGAAGUAUGAGCAGGAAAACGCGAUUGAAGAUGAUACAAGGAGCCAGACUAGCUACCAAACCAUCAGUCCACCAUCUAUGCAACUGGAUAUGUCCCGGUUUUAUGGUAUCGCCAGCACAGGAGGCAUCUCAGGGAUUGACCUCUCAACCCCGUCGUUUUAUAGCAUUUUCUAG